UCUCCCCCCUGUCCUCAUCAAAACCCCCCCACUUCUCUCUCUCAAAAGCUGCAGUUUUGUACAGAAAUGGCGGCAGUCUCAGCCUCUCCUCUUCGGGACUCGGCCUCGGACGUGAACAAGCUGACCUACGAGAUCUUCUCGAUCCUAGAGAACAACUUCCUCUUCGGCUACGACAACCCCAAGUUCCCUAAAACGGCGCCGCCCCCCGCAGACGCGAAGCCCACCAGCAGGGGCGGCUCCGCCAACGGCAAGGUCCGGAUCCUCUCCAUCGACGGCGGCGGCGCCACCGGCGGCCUCCUCGCCGCGCGGUCCCUCGCCCACCUGGAGUCAGUCCUCCGCCGAAAGUCCGGCGACCCCGCUGCCUGCAUCGCUGAUUUCUUCGACGUCGCCGCUGGCUCCGGCGCCGGGGGCCUCCUCGCCGCCCUCCUCUUCACGCGCAGGAAGGACAGCAACUCCCCACUGUUCUCCGCCGAGGACGCCCUCAAGCUGCUGGCCGGGCAGCGCCGGAAGUCCUCCUGGAUGCUCCGCCGCUUUUCGAGGGCCAACCGGGAGCUGGCCAAGAUCUUCGGGGACGGCUACACAUUGAAGGACACGGUCAAGCCAGUCCUCAUCCCGUGCUACGACCUCUCCUCAGAGGCGCCAUUCGUGUUUUCACGUGCCGACGCGCUGGAGACGGACGGUUACGACUUCAGGAUGAGGGACGUGUGCGCUGCCACGUCGGCCAGGAAGCCGGUCGAGGUGAGGUCGGUGGACGGCCGGACGAAGAUAAUGGCCGUCGAUGGCCGCAUCGCGAUGAACAAUCCAACAGCCGCCGCUAUCACUCACGUGCUUAAUAACAAGCAGGAGUUCCCCUUCUGUAACGGCGUCGAGGACCUGCUGGUCCUUUCGCUUGGGAAUGGCGGGUCGGAUUUCGGAGCUGGCAAUUCCGGGUCGACCCGUUCCGGGUUAUGUCGGAUCGCUGAGGAUGGAGCUUCGGACAUGGUCGAUCAGGCUGUUUCAAUGGCAUUUGGUCAAUCUUUGGAGACGAGCUACGUCCGAAUCCAGGCGCUCGGGGUUUGCGCCAAGGAGCGAGAAAGUCUCAAGGGUAUCAACAAGUUGAGAAAGAGCACUAGCCAAGUGCUAGAGUGCGUUGAGGCGAUGCUAGUGCAGAAGUAUGUGAAGUCGGUCAUGUUCCAGGGGAAGAAGAUGACCGAGGAUACGAACAUGGACAAGAUCGAGAACUUCGCCGGCGAGAUCAUCAAGGAGCAGGAUAGGAGGAAGACGAGCAUACUGCCCCCUGUGGUUCUGAAGCAGGCGCCUCAUCACUACGCACCUUCUCCCCGAACAUCGUCCGCCACUACCUUAUCUUCUAUUUCAUCUUCUUAAGAUUAUAAAAAAUUUGGAUAUGGCAAAAAAUAUAAAAUUAAAGAACAGGAGAAGCAUUAGAUGAGGAUUAAAAAAUUUAUGUAUCUCUGUAUGUAUACGAAGAGAUCUGCCGCAACUUGAGAUGAUUCGAGACGUCCGAGUUUGUGCUGCGUUGCUGCUGCAGAGUCGACUCUGAUUGCGACUCCGGGUUUGUAUGUAGUUUGUGUUUGGAAGAUAGAUCUCUCGCCUUUUGGGAGGCAAAAGUAGGUCUUUUCUUGUUCGGUUGUUUGUUUUUUGGUUUUUUUUUUUUUGCCCUUUUGUGAACUGUAUAUUAGAGGGGCACUGUGGCAUUUGUCAAGUGCAUUAUGACAUAGAAGGCGUGAAAUGAGAGAGAAUUAUGAAAAUUAUUUCUCCUCUUCUUAA